AUCUUAUUUAUUUUUUCUAGGGGUUCUGAAGUCAGGACAUCAAACCGACUCCUUCCAAUCAUUGUCCAAGAGUCUACCUCUAUGAACGAUUGGCAACCAAUACCAAGAAGUCUUCGGGAAUUGCUUUACGUAUUUCAAAAUGGAAUUUCCCCCGAUGGCAGCACCCAAGCACUCGUACAACAACGAUUGCAAUCCUUUAAUGAGAUUCAUGAUUACAAUUCAUAUCUCGUUUAUAUAUUGACAGUAAUGCAAAACGAGGAUGUGUACACGCGUGUUAUUGCCGGAUUGACAUUAAAGAACAAUAUACGAUCUCAUUUUAACGCCAUUCCGCUGUAUGUGCUAGAGCAUGUAAAAAUGUGCUGUACUAUUUCGCUUCAAUCCCCCGAACCCGACGAAGGAGUGCGCAAAGCCAUCGGGUCUGUAAUCACUGCGCUGGUCACACGAGGACAGGUUCACAAUUGGCCAGAGAUCCUUGAGAUUCUUAUAAAUCAACUAGACAGUCCUAAUUAUAUUGCAGUGCAGAUGGCAUGGGAUUGUUUGAGCAAAAUUUGUGAGGAUGCGGCAAUAGAUUUGGAUCAGGAAAUCAAUGGGGUCCGACCUUUGAGCUACAUGAUCCCAAAGUUUAUCAAGUUUUUUUAUCACUAUGACACAAAACUGCGUGUUCAAGCGAUUGGUGCAACAGGACAGUUUGUCUUGUUACGCUCACAGUCUCUUAUGACUCACAUAGAGGAGUAUCUGACGGCUUUAUUCGCAAAUGCGGAAGACAAAAGCCCAGAGAUAAGAGUAGAAGUGUGUCGGUCUCUGGUCAUGGUCCUUGAAGCACGUCCAGACAAACUCGAGCCAUCUCUAGACUCAGUUGUAAAAUACAUGAUCUCCUCUACCGCUAACUCAAAUGAAUUGGUCGCACUUGAAGCAUGCGAUUUCUGGUUACAAUUCACAAAUGUGGAGAUUUUUAAAAAACGUCUAUUGCCAUAUCUGCCGGAUUUGGUACCAAUCUUGCUGAGCAAAAUGGUCUACUCGGAAUCAGAUCUAAUGAUGCUUGAUGGCGACGAAGACGAUUUUAAUGUAGCAGAUAAUGAAUGUGAUAUAGCACCUCGAUCAUAUCGCCACAAGACUAUCGUGCAGACCAAAAAGAAAGAAGACGACAACGAUGAAGAUGACGACGAUCAUGGGGACGGCAAUCAGUAUUUGGAUGACGAGACUGAUAAACACCAAGACACAGACGAAGAGGAAGAGGACGAAGGAGACUUUGAUGACGAUGAAUUUUAUUCAGAAUGGACACUGCGUAAAUGCAGUGCUGCUACUCUGGAUCGACUUGCUGUUACAUACAAAGCAGACCUUGUCAAUGUUCUUUUGCCGGUUGUGAACCGUAACCUGGCAAAUGCUGAUUGGAAGGAGAGAGAGUGUGGCAUCUUGGCUCUGGGUGCUGUAGCCGAAGGUGGCAUAGAAACAAUUGCGCCUCAUUUGCCUGGCCUGAUUCCCUUCUUGAUCCAAUGUCUGAAUGAUCCAAAGCCUUUGGUACGAUCCAUCACUUGCUGGGCUAUUGGCAGGUUUUCAGAGUGGUGUGUCAACCAAUGCUACACACUCACGGGGCGCAAGGAUUUCUUUGAGCCUGUCCUCUUCAGUCUCCUCAACCGACUCUUAGAUCGAAAUAAGCGUGUUCAGGAGGCCGCUUGUUCUGCCUUUGCAACGCUAGAAGAACAAGCGAUGCAAGAGCUCGAGCCUUACCUCGAAUACAUCCUUAAUGUGCUUACCACAGCAUUCAGACUUUAUCAGCACAAAAACCUUCUUGUACUAUACGAUGCUUUGGGUACAUUGGCCGAAUCUGUUGGAACGGCACUCAAUCAACCCAAAUGUCUUUUGGUUAUGAUGCCUCCACUUAUCGAAAAAUGGAACGGAUUGUCUGACCAGAGCACAGACCUUUUCCCUCUUCUAGAAUGCCUUUCUUCUAUCACAACCGCCCUUCGCGAUGGAUUCGCACCUUUUGCAGAACCAGUAUUCUCUCGAUGUGUCAAGCUUGUGGCAUCUCAUCUUCAUGAAACUUACAUGGCCAGCCAAGAUCCCAGUCGAUUUGAUCCUCCCGAUGUAGAGUUUAUGGUUGUUGCCUUGGAUUUACUAAGUGGCAUGGUUCAAGGACUUGGUCAUCUGAUCGAUCCUCUUGUUGCCUCGUCUGAUCCUUCGCUUCUCUCCCUUCUCACCAUCUGUAUCCACGACCCUGUUAUAGAAGUUCUUCAGUCAACAUAUGCUCUGAUCGGAGACCUUGCCAUUGCUUGCUUUGACCGGAUCAAAGACGGGCUACCUUUGUUUAUGCCAGAACUUAUUAGCCAGCUAUCACCAGAUAUAGAGUAUGUAUCAGUAUACAACAAUGCUACCUGGGCAGCGGGUGAAAUUGCAAUGCGAUGGGAUGGUAUAGAUCCCUUUGUCGAACCAUUGUUGGAGCGUCUGAUUCCACUCUUGAGUGAUCCUCAGGCGCCUGAUUCUCUUCAGGAAAAUGUAAUCAUUACGAUUGGUCGUCUUGGACUUGCUCGGCCUAAGGCUCUAAGCGAACAGCCAACGCAUUUUGUCCGUCCCUGGUUACGGAAGUCAAUAAACCUUCCUGAAAACGAUGAGAAAGAUACCGCUUUCCAAGGAAUAUGCCAACUCAUCAAAGUAUCUCCUCAACACUUAAUUGAUGAAUUACCAAUGCUUUUGGUUACCAUUUCUCAAUGGGAAAACCCUUCGCCGGAACUCUUUGGAUUGUUUGGAGAAGUAAUUGCUGGUUAUAAGAACAUGCUCACACCUGAGCAAUGGAAAGAAAAUUGGGAAUGUGUUGGAAAAAGUUAUCGAAAUAAACUUACAGAACGCUAUGGUUCUAUCGAUCAAUAGUAGC